AGCAGGGUUUUUCCUUUGCAGCUUACCGGCGACGAAGUAAUCCAGUGAAGCUUACGUGCUCCAAAAUCUGGGAGCUGGUCUUGGUUUCCAGAAGGGACUACAAGUUUUUAAGCGAGCAGGGAAGAAUAGAGGCUGAGAAGGGGAAGGUCAGGGAUCAAGUAGACAGACUGGUCCAGGCAGGGGUAGACGAAGGCGCUCAGACUUACGCGCAUUUGCUACUUAAGUGUGGAGACUACAAGCUUUUGGCUGAGGGGGAACGUCUUCAUGCAACUAUCUACGAGAGAUGGAGGCAGCGUCCCGAAAGAUUGCUCCUGAACUGCUUGGUGGAGAUGUAUGGCAAGUGUGGAAGCUUGGACAAGGCAUGGCUGGUGUUUAGCUCCAUCAAGACGUGCAAUGUCUACUCCUGGACGAUUGCGAUCGCUGCAUAUGCCGUCAACGGGGACUACAGCGGGGCACUUGCUCUCUUCCGGAAGAUGGACUUGGACGGUGUGAAGGCCAACUUUGUGACUUACGUGAACGUGAUUAGUGCGUGCUCUGGGCUGCUGGACCCGAGAGAAUGCACGCGAGUCCACAGCCGUGUGGUCGAAGAAGGCUUUGAUGGAGACUUGGUGGUGGCGACGGCUUUGGUCACUAUGUAUGGGAAGUGUGCUGACUUUGGCGCUGCUAGGAUGGUGUUCGAGAAGAUCUCCUCGAAGAACGAUGUGGUCUCCUGGAACGCGUUGAUAGCAGCUUACGCUCAGCAGGGACUGUACCGGGAGUGCGUCGAGCUCUACGAGAGAAUGCCCGUGAGAGCCAACGAGGUGACUUUCGUGAGCGUGGUCGACGCCUUUGCGGGUCUGGGGGACCUGGAACACAGCCGGAGAGUUCAUGCCAGGAUUGUCGAGGACGGACUGGAGAACGACUGCCUAAAGUCGGCACUGGUGGACGCUUACGGCAAGUGUGGGAGCCCAGCGGAAUCAAAGCAGGUGUUCGACUCCAUGGUGUGGAGGGAGAGCUCGACUUGGAACGCGCUCAUCGCAGCUUUCGCCCAGCAGCGUGACAGCGUGACUUGCGUGGCGAUCCUCCGGCAGAUGGACCAGGACGGGGUGAGGUCCACCGAGCUGACGUUCGUGAGCUUGCUUGGGGGAUUCUCUACGACGGCGAGCUUGCGAGCGGGACGCCAGCUCCACUCUCGAGUUCUAGCCAUGGGGUUCUACUCGGACUUGAUGGUCGGCUCGGCGCUGGUGACCAUGUAUGGGAGGUGCGGCGCUGUGGAGCAAGCCCGGGCAGUGUUUGACGGGAUGGAGGAGAGGAACGCGGUGAGCUUCAAUUCCAUGAUCGGAGCUUACGCGGAGCUGGGCCUCGCGAGGCAGGCGCUCGAAGUUUUGUGGGCUAUGGACCAGGUGGGACUGGCUCCAGACUCGGUGACUUUGCUCAGCGUGCUCUUCUCUUGCAGCCAUGCGGGGUUGCUUGGCGAGGGCCUCGCCAACUUUCGGUCCAUGAGAGAUGAUAGGGGGAUGGAGGUGAAGCUGGAUCACUACCGGUGCCUGGUGGACCUGUUCGCGAGGUCGGGGUGGCUUGCUGAGGCGGAGGAACUGAUCGAGAUCAAGUUUGCAGGCUGCGAUGAUCUCAUGUCGAGGCUGAGCUUGCUGAGUGCUUGUAUCAUCCAGGAGGACGGUGAGAGGGGAUCCAGGUCGGCCACGCUUCUUAACUUUACUUAGUGGACAUUUCAACAUGAAAGAAAAUGACGACUUGAAAAAAAGACAUCAAUCCGAGCCUUUGACGAGACCAUCACAGGGUUUGAUCAGAUCUUGUGUCGAUAGAAAAGGAGUAUGUAAACGUUAUUAGACUCACCCAGUACAAGACUUGCUCCUUCCAAUCAGCACAGCAGCAGUUUGGAGCACUCUCGUCCACUCGGACCAGGUAUUCUUCGGGGUUGACCGAGAGACCACCUCGGUGCUCUCGCAUUGAUUCAUCCUGCAAGGCUAGCCGCCAGCCAUUUGUGUAUAUAAUUCCACGUUCGCUGCAUAGAAUCACACAACCAAGCUUUUCUUCUGAAUUUUCACUCUAGCAUUUCCUCUUCGUAGUA